AUGCUCUUACACAAUAAUACGAUUGCCACUGCUGGUUUUCUCUCAACUACAGAAUCUCCAUCAUCAACAACAAGUGUCUAUUCUCAAACAAAUCCACCAACAUCAUCAACAAAUCAAUUUUUUCAAAAUUUUCCACCACCUUGGAUUCCACAAUAUAAUAAUCAACGAUUAUUAACUCAACAAUUUUUUGUACGUAUAUUAUUUAUAAAUUUAAUUGUUUUGUUUUGUUCUUCAAAUAUUCAUUCUUACAGGAGUUAG